AGAUAACGUUUAAAAGCGGUCGUAUACAGGGAAAAAGUGGGCAACACAAACAUCUUGUUUUGAUGCUACAUGCUUGUAUAAACGCGCGUAUUUGUAGGUCCUACUAUCCUCUUCACGAGGUCUUUGCAGCCCGACCUUACAUAACUGAUCCUAUUUUUACCAGAAACACAUAUACUUAUCUGGUGAGGUAACCAGAUGCACCCCACAUUUGAUUACCUGUGUUUCCCAACGGACGUGUUGAGGCUGAAUUUUACACAUUAGGAUUUAGUCCAGGAAGAAAUAGUUUAAUUGCAAAAUCGGAGGAUUUACCACGGUCAUAACGAAGGGUAUUACAUUAAUAAUUGCAAAGCCAUGAAAGUCUAUCAUUUAUUUCUGCUUGCCAUAAUUGUGUUGGCAAAAGCAGAACCGGAAAUGCAGAUUGUCGAUCUGACGCAUGUUCAGAACAGCGAUACCAUUAACUGGCCUGGGCUUCCCUUAUACAACUUCACUGUUCUGUUAAGAGGACGAAAUCCUGUUGGCGGACAUUGGUUUGAGUCGAAUUCAUUCGCGACUGCGGAGCAUGGGGGUACGCAUCUAGACGCACCUGCACAUUUCUACGAGAACAGAUCCAGGACCCAUCAAAUUCCCAUGGCGAAACUUGUGGGAUGGGGAGUGAUUAUCAACGUUAAGUCAAAAGCUGCACAGAAUACCGACUACCGCGUCACCGUUGACGACAUACAAAACUGGGAGGCGCAGUACGGCCGCAUUCCCGACGGCGCUGUUGUCGUCAUGAACUCGGGAUGGCACCAGAAAUACCCCAACAAGACCCAAGUUUUCGGGACCGAGUCCACGACCGAUCCAGCAAAAUUCCAUUUCCCGGGAUUCCACGAGAACGCCGCCGAUUGGCUGGUAAAAAAUAGAAAUAUUCACGUGAUUGGUGUUGACACGCCCUCAACUGAUUAUGGCCAAUCUAAGACAUAUCCGGUUCAUGUGAUUCUAGGGCGCGCGAAUGUACCAGGCCUUGAAAAUGUCGCAAAUUUAGAUGCCAUCCCGGAGUUUGGUUCCAUCAUUUCAGUAGCUGUAAUAAAACUUCAAGACGGAAGCGGGGGUCCAGCAAGAGUUUUUGCCACGUUGGCACCAACCAAUGAUUGUUUAAUUAGUGCAUAUCUCAACAUUGGACUGACAUUCAUUGCGUUGAUGAGUAGCAGCAUGGUUCUCACAGCAGAUUAAUGUGCUAGACUUUAAGCGUGUGCAGUGUAAGGAAAUAUAACAUAUACAUAUUCACGUGAGGGACGUAUCCAUGUUCUGUAAUGUUCUUAUUUGCUAUUUAGGUAUAAUUUAUUUGUAAAUAUUGCAGUUACGUUUGGACAACGUUAUGAAUACUAAUAUUUAACAUAUCUUUGCAUCUUUACAUGUAACUCGUUUAUUGCCAAAACAUACAUGAAUACUUUGUUGUAAUCAAAAUCUAAUGUCUACGUCUCAUCGCUGUUGUAGAUAAAUUACAAAUCAAAACGGAUUAUAAAUCGGAUUGACUGGCUCCGUUGUUAAAACGUUUAACCACACGUCCAAAGAUGGUAGGUUCGAUCCGCGGCCUGGCUAUAUAGCAAUCAUUUGUUAACUUGGUCAUGAAAUCCUUUCUACUGCCAUUAUGCCUACCUCUGAUUCAAGCACGACAAUGGUCAGUUUACGGUGCAUGCAUGUGUAUUUAGGCCUUGUAAUCAAAUAACCUCUGAUUCAAUCAUGGAAGUUGCCAGUUUACGGUACAUGUCAAGCACGACAGUUGUCAGUUUACGGUACAUGUCAAGCACGGCAGUUGCCACUUUACGGUACAUGUCAAGCACGGCAGUUGCCAGUUUACGGUACAUGUCAAGCACGACAGUUGCCAGUUUACGGUACAUGUCAAGCACGACAGUUGCCAGUUUACGGUACAUGUCAAGCACGACAGUUGCCAGUUUACGGUACAUGUCAAGCACGGCAGUUGCCAGUUUACGGUACAUUUCAAGCACGGCAGUUGCCAGUUUACGGUACAUGACAAGCACGGCAGUUGCCAGUUUACGGUACAUGAGAAGCACGGCAGUUGCCAGUUUACGAUACAUGUCAAGCACGGAGGUUGCCAGUUUACGGUACAUGUCAAGCACGGCAGUUGCCAGUUUACGGUACAUGCGUGUGUAUUUAGGGCUUGUAACCAAAGAAGAAUAUGAGUUGGUAAACCUGAACGCCUUGGUAUAAAAUACAGUUAAAACUGCGAAAUAUCCAGCUUAACAAACACACACACACACACACACACACACACACGCACGCACGCACGCGCACACACACACACACACACACACACACACACACACACACACACACACACACACACACACACACACACACACACACACACACACCCUCACACACACACACACACACACACACACACACACACACACACACACACACACACACACACACACACACACACACACACACACACACACACACACACACACACACACACA